AGAGGUGAAGAGGCCACAAAAGGAGGAAAUUCUUUGCUUUCGUACAACAGCUACAGCGUCUGUUUACCAGGAUGGACAGCCAGGAGGUGGGAGGUUUACUGGACGAGUGCUUCAGAGCUGCUCAGCAGUCCCCCCGGCCGACUGAGGCACAGAGGCUAAACUACUGCAGCUGCAGAGACUCGCUGUGUGCUGAAUUAGCCUCCCUGCUUCAGGAAGCCGUGGACAUGAAAUGGCCUUUUGUCCCUGAGAAGUGGCAGUAUAAGCAGUCUGUCAGUGCCACUGACAAAACCAACCUGAGUGACCUUAUCAGCAAACACCUGUCUCAACUACUGGCUGUCCUGAAGGCCUCCAUCGGGGCUCAGGAGGCACGCACUGCACUGGCAGUUGUCUUUUUAGUGGACCGUUACCUCUACUGGACUGAUCAGUCAAACCGCCUUCUAAAGAUUGCCAAGCUGCUCCACAGACGCUACCCUGACACCCCCAUAGCCCCCCAGCUGGUCAUACGGCAGGCCAGGGUCUAUUUUAACUCUGGAAAACUGCAGAAGGCAGAGUACAUCCUGAGCAGCCUGAUUAACAACAGUGGGACCACAGGUUGUUGGAUAUACCACUCUAAAAGCGACCGUGCUCUUGUCCAGGCUGUUAGUGUUCAGGUUCGUGGAAUGAUUUUGCAAAAGCUGGGCCUGUGGUUGGAGGCUGCAGAGCUCAUCUGGGCUUCUUUGGUUGGAUACUAUUCACUUCCUCAACCUGACAAAAAGGGGACUCGACUCAACUCAUUGCCAGCUGCUUGCAUCCUGGUUAUAUUCCUGUACAAAGGCAAGGUUGCAGAGCACCUACGUUAUUUUGCAGUUAAACCACCAUCCUGCAGCAACUACACCGCUUUGUGGAGGAAUUUCUGUUUCAAAUCUGUGAAGUUCUGGCUGGACACUCAAUGUUUAGCAGUUAAUACAACACAAGGUGCCUGCUUGUUAUCCUACAGUUUCUCAAUGGAGUGUCCAGCCUCUCAAAGGCAGUCAUUCCUCCAGCAGGCUCAAGAAGCAUUUGCAAUCGGCCUUCUCACCAAAGCAGAGGGUGAUAUGGUAACCAGCAAGCAGGAUCUUCAUACCUUCAUCAAAGCUGCCUAUUCCCUCGCUGUCACUCACAAGUGGCUUGGAACUCCUUUGGGGGUUGUGGCACAGGCAGUUCAAGCUUGUCAAAAUGGUUUAGCUAAUUUUUACAGCUACUGCCAUGCUAAUACCCAAGAGAAAGACAGCCUCUGCACUGAGAUCGUGCAUCUGGUCGCCCAAGUCAAGCUGCUGCUGCGAGUGGAGCCUUUCCUGAAUUCAGACAAGGGGUCUUUUAUCCCUGAUAGCUACAGAAAUGUCAACAAUGCUUCUGUAAAUUUUACUCUGACAGGCUUCUCUAAGAUAAUGAAGAGAUUUCAAAAGUAUCAUGUGUCACUGUGCGAGACCACCAACACACACUGUAGGCAAACUAACGAUGAGAUAGAUGGAGUAAGGCUCUGCAUAACAGCGCUGGGGACAACCAUUGGUACACUCAACACAGAUUGUACCACUGAGGCCUGCAAAGGGUUAAAAGAUGUACCCAAAGAAGAAGAGCCCAGAAGCAGUGCUACUGGACAUAAAGAGAGAGUGAGAAAUCAGAGCUGUCCAACCACAGAAGUUGAUGAUGACAGGUCAGACCACACGUUACAAUCUCCUGAGAAAAACAAGAAGCAAAACUUACAAGGUUGUAACUUUGGUAUCAGUUCCCAUACAGAUUCAAAGUCUGCAGUACCUCUCUCUCCCUCCUCCAACAUAAGUAGUGAUUCAGAAAAGUUUGGGGUGAUACAAGCUGGCAUAGAGACACUGGCCACUGAAGAGGACUGGAUGGCUGAUGUUCUUGGUGAGGCACAGAAGGUAGCAUUAGCUGAAGGAGCAGUGCAGUCCUUAUCCGAGCUAUUUAUAACAUCCUCUAACUCUCUUGGGAACAGUUUUGGUUCCCAGUCAUCAUGGGAGAAACUUUCAGCUGAUCUGAACUCUUCCACAUAUAGAAAACAACAGCCAAGUAGUAUUUCCAAAGCAGGAACUUGCUAAAACAGCAAGUCACCAGAUUCAGAUGGGAGCUUUUUCAUUUUGGAAACACUCGAUUCUGAAACCAGCGAUUCUCCUUCUGGUCACAUGUCCAAAAACCAAAAUGUACGUGCUUUGUCCAGUCCACAACCUUUCAAGAGCAUUAAUGUUUACCAAAACAUGGUAACUGAAGUUGACUCUGUACAGCCUGCAACCGACAACACUUUUGCAAUCCCAAAUAAUCCAUCACAGGCUAUCCCAGAACAGUGUCCUGUCACUGAAACUUCCACAACGAGUUCAUUUGAGAUGCUGGAGGUGAAUCAAUGUGAGCACCAACAAAAUACAGUGCAGAAUGUGCCUCAGAAGAAGAACUCCAUGUGCUACAGCUGCCAAGACCAGAACGCUGUAGCUGAUGCAGUCCCAGUGAAGCAGUUUUUGUUGUCACAGCAGGAUUACCAAGCCUUUCUGGCUGGAGUUUGCCAUGGAUGUCUGCUGAAGAGGUUGUACAGUGAUAAAAUCAAAUUCAAACUCAAGAACCUCAGAAGUGCCCACAGUGCUCUUCAUUUAAAGUUCUCCAAGGCCACUGGACUGUGGACAGCCACGGAAACAUGCGUUUACAUUGGAGAGCCGAUGGGGAUGGAGGGCGCGCAGAGGACAACAAUAUGGGUGCAAUUUUUACACCAGGAGGAGCGGCUAAGCCAUUAUGUGGGGAAAGAUUACAAGAACCCAAAGGAGAUCCAGUUUCACCUGAAAGAUGUGGAGAGACAGAUGACAGCCCAGUACUAUGUGACCGAGUUCAACAAGAGUCUCUACGACAAAGAUGUUUUGGCUCAGAUCUUCUUUAUUCCCUCACAAGCCCUGUUGAUUUUGAAUGGAGAUGAGAUUGUGGGCUGUGUAACUGUAGAGCCCUACAUGCUUGGAGAGUUUGUCAAAUUGACCAACAACACUAGAAAGAAAGAUGAGAGAUUCCAGGCUACAGAAUAUGGCCUUGCAUUUGGACACUUCACCUACUUGUUCUCUGGUGGUCAGGAAGUCGUCGUAGACUUACAAGGAUGGGUGACAGCCAACGGCAAAGGACUGACCUACCUGACUGAUCCACAGAUUCAUUCCAUCAAGACCCCUAAAGGUCCCUCUAACUUUGCUGACAGGGGGCUCAGGUACUUUGUGGAAGAGCAACAUGGACCAGAGUGCAAUGGGAUUUGCCAACUGCUCAGACGGCCUCCACUGGCCAUGAACUCAAAAGUUUCUCCUCAAACUUAACCUGUCAGUCACAAAAACAAAAACAAUGCAUUAAAACUUAAUUAAGGAGUUUAUUUUAUGAGCAAUAUGGCCUUGCAAGUUUUUGGAACUGAUGGGUCUAAUUUAGAUUAAAUGACAACAGAUAAUCAAAGUACUGUAUUUUUCAUACUGUUUUUUUUUUUUUAAUUGUACUGAUUAAAGUUCUGUGUACCUACCAUCCUAAUGUUCAGACACCAGGGGCUUAUAGACAUAUUUUAUGUAAACACUACUGUGCAAAUUUUGUCAGAUGGUCAAAUGUCUCACACACUUGACAGGAUCAUUUGUCUUCAAUUUUAUAAAAUAACUGUAAGUCAGCUGUGCAGUCACAAUAAAGCAUGUGACUGCAAUACAUAAUAAAAUACUUAUUUAAAAGUCUCUUUGAUAAUAUGUUUUCCUUCACUGACUGGAUUGCUGCCUAACUAGAAAGGGAGAUUCCAGUGAAUCACCUGUUAGAUGCCAUUACGAGUGUUUUUAUAGAACAUUUUAGCGAUGCUGAGUC